ACAGCAGCAGGGACUAAGCUGAGACGUUACCGAGAAUCAGAACAUGAAGGACGAGGGACACAAACACAGCAGCACCUAGUUUUACUAAUGUAGAUGACAGGUUAUUCAGAGCGGAUACACGGGAGAGAAACAGCAGUUCAGUGUGGCAUCUGUCGAUCCAGCAGAUGAAAUGGCGGUGAGGCAAAGGAUCUUUAACUCAACAGCCCCCUUCUCCGGGUCACCCCAAGCUAAGCUGAAGGGGUCGUACCCAUCCUGCUCGGCUGCGGACCAGGAGACGGAGGAGGAGGAAGAGGAGGGGAAGGAGAGCAAAAUGGCCGACAUAGCCUGUUUCUCCCCUUUGAUAAAUAAACUCCUGACACAUGGGACCGCAGAGCAAGUGGGAGAAAUGCCACUGAAGACCUCAACCUUCAUUGCCCAAGCUGAAUGUGAAACCCAGGACUCCCAACAGUUUAGUCCAUCCUGCUUUGAACAUUCCUUUGUUCCCUCCCCGAACUGCUUCACCAGCAGUCUUUCCUCAGAGCACAACAAUGUGGCGUGCCCAACCACAGCCUCCAUCCAGGAGCCGAGCAGCUUGUCAACACAGCUCACCCCGAGAAAGAGGACCAGGAAGAGACAGAAGCGCAAAGGGAAGAAAAAAGCAGAGAAGAAGAAGGAGAAGCAGCGGCACAGACAUCGAAUGCCCUCUGGAGUCCCUGAGCAGGAGAGUGGAAGUUCUCUUGUCCGGGUCCUGGAGGAGUCGUCUCUUGUAGGGAGAAGUGACCUCAGUACUUCGUGCUGUAGCAGCAUCGAAAGCUCAGAGGAGCAGGACAGAGGGCCUUCACUCUACAGCCGACAGGUCUACACCACAGGCUCCAGUUGCUCUCCUCUGAACUGGAGGGACCAGGUCUGCGGCCCCCUCUCCAGUCUCCAUUCCUAUGGGCAGGACAGCGACUCUGACUCCCUCAGCAGUCUGGGAGACUAUUCGCUGGCCCUUGCUGGCCUCAGGGGCAGCGUCAGUCAGGGGGACCCGUGCUACGCAGGGCCCUUUUUCAAAGAUGUGGAGAGGGAUGUCAGAGAAGAGGAGGAUGAGCUAUCAGCAUCUGAUUCUGUCGUCAACGAGGGAAUCAUCUUUUACAAUGAUAAAAUCCAGCCUGUGGACUCUGAAUACAAGGAAGGGAGGGAGUAUGUCCUCUCAGAGUUCAUCAAGGAGGGCUCCUAUGGUGAAGUACACAGCGCUCAUGAUGUCAACACAGGCUUCAAAUUUGCUGUGAAAAAGAUCGCCCUGAAGAGGUUCUGCAGCGAGGAGGUGGGUGCGUGGAGUGCCCUCAGAUCUCCUCAUGUGGCAGAACUCUUUGGAGUGGUCAGAGAGGGACCUUACGUUGUCCUCUUGAUGGACCGCAAAUAUGGCUCCCUGGGCCAGCUGAUAGCUGAGCGUGGCCGGCUGCCAGAGGACCUAAGUCUCCACUAUGACAUGCAGAUCCUAACAGCACUGGAGUACUUAGGGAAGAAAAAAGUGGUGCAUCUAGACAUUAAAGCUGACAAUGUGUUGCUGUCGGAGGACGGUAGAGACACCUUUUUGUGUGAUUUCGGACACGCAGAGAGACUGGACAAUCAGGGACAGAGCCUCAGUGGGUCCAAAGAUAUGAAGGGCACAGAGACCCAUAUGGCCCCCGAGAUUGUUAAAGGGGAACCCCGCGGAGCCAAAGCAGAUGUGUGGAGCAGCUGCUGCAUGUUACUGCACAUGCUCAAUGGGUGUCAACCCUGGACGAGAUACUACACCUGUAGACUCUACCUGAAGAUUGCUAACGAGCCUCCGCCACUGAGGGAGAUCCCACCUGACUGUAGUCCUCUCACAGCUGAAGUUAUCAAGGCGGGACUUCAGAAGGAUCCAGCUAAGAGAGCAUCAGCAUCUGGCCUCAAAGAAAAAACUGCCAGAGCUCUGAAAGAAGUGGGAGGACUCACCAGCCCGGUGAAGGGACCAUACACUGAGCCCCUGCAUUUUGCCAACAAACCUCCCGACUCCCUGCAACUUCUCAACAGCAGUGUUAACUAUGAGGAUGAGGAGGAACAUCAAGAGUCUGUUGAGGAAUUGAUCACAACAGGGAGGAUGGAGGAACUGAAUGAUGAUGAUGACGUGGAGGCUGAUUUGAAAGAGUCAAAGCGAGACUCAUCUUUCUGUUCCCAAAUGCUGAUCUCUGAGCCAAACCACAAAAGGGCCAAGAAGAUCACCACUGUGCCUGAACUUGAGCUACGUAAACUGGAGCGAGAUUUCUACCUGAGCAGUCUGUCCCAGCUCCACUCAGCUGAAGUGCAGGAGCAGCUACUGUCUUGUCUCAGCAGCGACCAUUAUUCCACCUGGGAACCUUGGGACAAAAAGGACUCCGGCCGCUGGUCCCUGAGCCCAGGAGACGACCUCAGCUCUGGUGUCUUCUCCUACAACAGUCAGCCAGACGUGCAGGUUUCCAGUUUGGAUUUCUUGAACCACACACAGCUACCACCACCCUGCUGUUUUGAAGGGGUGGAUGUCUGCAUCAGAGACUUCAACAGGAGGAGCAUCCGCAUCAGAGAGACACGCAGGGUAAAAGUGGGCCACAUCGCCACUGGAAUCAGUGAUCAGAUCUCUGAGAGGGUUUUCACCCUGGAAACCCAGCAGGGCCAGCAGGUCGCUCACGAUGAGGAGGUGCAGGAGUCCGGUCUGGAGCUCUGCUGUGUUCCUGCUCCAGACUUCAGCUCUGCCUGGAGGUGGAGGAUCAGAGACGGAGUGCUGGAGACGAGAUAGAGCCCUCAGCUCUCUCCCAUUGGCCACAGUGUCAUCUUAUUCAUCACCUCAUGGCCUUCUGUUGAAUUGUUUCAAGUGUUUGCCUUUCAGUUGUCUGAGUGUGCGAGGGCCAUGCCUUCACGAGGGGUAAAAUCCAAUUUUUGUAGCACACUUGUCUCAUGUUUUAAUUGCCAUAAAGGGGGUGGGGGGGCUUUUUGACCACUGUGAUGUUUACAUGUUUCACCCUUUCUUAUUACAUGUUUACACUGAGUCAAUAAACAGCAUAUGAAACUA